AGCUUGUCGUUGGCAGGAGGAAGAGAUGGCUAGGGUUGCGAUCUUGGUCUUGUGCAUGCUGCUCCUGGCCGCCACGUGCCAGGGGCUCAAGUACGGGUACUACAGCCGCUGUUGCCCCCCGGCGGAGUACAUCGUCAGGGACGUCGUCGGCAAGGCCGUCCGCAACAACCCCGGCGUCGGCGCCGGCAUCAUCCGCAUGGCCUUCCACGACUGCUUCGUCCGGGGAUGUGACGCGUCCGUCCUGCUCGACCCGACGCCGGCGAACCCGCGACCGGAGAAGCUCGGCCCGCCAAACUUCCCGAGCCUGCGCGGCUUCGAGGUGAUCGACAAGGCCAAGGCGGUGCUCGAGAAGGUCUGCCCUGGCACGGUCUCCUGCGCCGACAUCGUCCAAUUCGCCGGCCGCGACGCCGCCUUCUUCCUCAGCGGCUACAAGGUCAACUACGGUGUCCCCGCUGGCCGCUUCGACGGCCGCGUGUCGCUCGAGAACGAGACGCUCGCCUUCCUGCCCCCGCCAUUCUUCAACCUCUCGCAGCUCAUCAACAGCUUCAAGGUCAAGGGCCUCAACGUUGACGACCUCGUCGUUCUCUCCGGCUCCCACACCAUCGGCCGCUCCCACUGCUCCUCCUUCUCCGACCGCAUCUCCACGCCGCCAUCCGACAUUAACCCGGCCCUCGCCACCCUGCUGCGGAGGCAGUGCCCGGCCAACCCCAACUUCGCCAACAAUCCCACGGUGGUGCAGGACAUCGUCACUCCCAACAAGCUGGACAACCAGUACUACAAGAACGUGCUGAGUCACAAGGUGCUCUUCAAAUCGGACGCGGCGCUGCUGACGUCGAGUCAGACGGCCAAGAAGGUAGUCGAGAACGCGGUCAUCCGCGGGAGGUGGGAGACGAAGUUCGCCAGGGCGAUGGUAAAGAUGUCGCUCAUCGAGGUCAAGACCGCCACCAAUGGCGAGAUCAGGACGAAGUCAUGCCGGGUCGUCAACUAGGACAAGUACUUCAACGACCGACCGCGACAUACUGUUUCCUCUUGCUGUAAUAAUAAUCGAUCGAUCGUGGUGCAACCAGGAUCUUAUUCGUUUGUUACAUUUGUGUCUUUAGAAGCAUAUUGUUUUCCGGAUGGUUGGGUUGUCAUGUUUGUAUUUUCCUCUUUCUUUUUAUAAGACGCGCACGUAUUUUAAGAUUCAAACUUUUUGACCUCUAAUCAGUUAUUUGUCCAACGGUAUGUGAAGUUUGUGAUAAAAAAUAUUACCAUUAGAUUUGUGAUUGAAAAUAAUUCCUAUGAUUAUAAUUUUGUUGCUAUAAA